GGCCGACGCACCGCCGAGGGCAGCGCCGCCGCCGCCCAGAGGCCCUCCGGCCGCGGCAGCGUCAAGGGUGGAUCUAGAACCAAGCAGACAUCGACUACUAAGGAUGAAGUUGAUGAUAUUGAUGAAUCGGACAAUUACCCUGCAGGAUUUCUACAGAAACUAAAAGCUCUUAGAGCCACCAAGCUUCAAGCUGCUGCUUCUAACAGACCCCUUCCUCCCACUGGAAGUUCCUUUGAUACUCUAACAGCAGCCAGUUCUCAAAAACUAGACACAGAAACAACAUUUGGGCGUCAGUUUAAUAAAGCAGAAUAUCAGCAAGAAAGACAAAGAACUAAGAAAGAUCACUCAAAUACCCUUGAAGAGGACGAUUUUAAGCCCUCUGUGAAAGAAAAAUCACGUAAAGUGAAUCUCUUGGUGGCACCUUCUCCUCCCUCUGAGAAUUCUGAGGAUGAGCACAGGGUAGAAAGUCCAACAAAUGUCCAACAAUUUAAUAAAGUGAAAAGCUCUGCUUCAUCAUUACGAUCCUCAAAUUUAAAUGUUGCUUCUGCUGCCGAUGAAAAUCAUUUAACAGCCAGACAUAGAGAUACUUCACAUUUUGAGAAGGACUCAAAUAAUAAAUUUAAUGCACCUUCAAAGACAGCUAGACCUCGUACCAGAGAAAACAAGAAUGAAUUUGCAAACUUACCAGUACAGAGGGAACAGCCAACUAUUCAGUCUCCCUCACCUAUUCAAAAGUCACCACCACGAUUUGGGUCAAGCUACCGAAACCGAUUCACAAAAACUUCCCACAUUUCAGAAUCUGAGAACUCUUUGACAUCUAAUGAUGAAGCAAGAGAGGCAGAAGUGACAACUAGAUCAGGUCUACUAGGUCGUCAACGACCUCCAGCUUUCAGACCUCCUCUACCUGAAACACAAAGCAGAAAUACUUACAGUUCUAAGACCAGAAGUACAACACCACCACCAAUUCGAAAUAUUCCUAAUUAUAAGAAGUCUACAACACCAAGUUCAUUUGAAGGCUCCAGAUCAUCUUCUGUAGCAACACCCCAUAGGUUCAGUGCACGUUACCGUACUGAUCUUUUGCGAGGUAAUGGCAAUAUACGAACAACUGCUACACCUGCAUAUAUUCCUACAGUACCAACUGUAACAACUCCAUCAGCAGAGAGCUUCUAUUUUGCUGCUAAAAUGGGAUCUACAUUGAAACUGGGCAAGGCAUCUUAUCUUCAAGCAAACUAUUUGUGAUGACAACUUUGGAAGAUUGCAGCAAAAUAAAAUGCAAAGAAUAUGUCUGAAGCAUUAUAUCAAUUAUUUUUCUUCAUCUUAUGCCAUUUUGAAUCUUUACACCAUGACCGAGACUGCUUAAGUGAAAAAUGUGCAUUUCUUAAUUAUUUAUCAGUUUAAUCACCUUCAAAUGAAUUCAUACCUUACCUAUCCUGUUCAAUAUUUCCUUCAUUAAAUGCAAUAUAAUAAAAUACAUUUUAAAAACUAAAACAUUUAAAUAUCAUUCAUUUUCAUCUUUCACAAUAUUUUAAAUUGAGUCCAAGUGUUAUAUCAUAAAAAUGUUGUGUGGUUAUACACAAAUUGGUCAGAAAUUUUGAAUUUUUGUAAAAUUGCUUAAACUGUAUAAACUUCACUUUUUAUUGUAUCCACUCCAUUUUAUAUCAUCUGUUCAAUUAUCAUCAAUUAUAUAUAUAGUUUAUAUUAUCAAUUCUAUUAUCACAAAGGAAAAAUGUAGUUAUUCAGAU